AUGCAGAUCCAGGUCCAGCUUGUGACAGAUGAAGACAUCGGGCUGAAAGUGCUACGCGACGCGCCAGCAGAGGCUACUACUGAGCCCAUGGACAUCGUCGCAGUGCAUGGCAUCGGCGCGCACCCAGACGACAGCUGGUGCAAGAAUGCCGGCACAGCAGAAGAGCCGCAAUGGUGCAACUGGCUCACCAAGGACGACAUGCUGCCAGCGGUAGCUCCUAACGCACGUAUCAUGCGGUACGGAUAUGAGUCUCAGUGGUUCGGCCAAGAAGCGAUGCAGCAUGGUGUAUCUACCGUGGCUGAGCAGUUGCUGAGAGCGUUAAAGCAGCAGAGAAAGGAUGUUCCAUUCCGUCCUCUAGUAUUUAUAGCACACUGUUUUGGCGGGCUGGUUGUGAUUAAGGCACUCCUAGAAGCCGAACAGUACCAAAACGAAUGGUCUGGAUUAUUCGCAUCAACGACUGGCUUGGUCUUCUUCGGCACGCCGUUUCGAGGCACCGAGGGAAUGAACCAGAUGGAGAUGCUCGAGGCAGCGCGUCGUGGGUACCACGACGAGCAGCUUCCUGAAGAAAAUGCGGGGCCAGGCUUACAAGACUCGGGUCGUGUGCUUCUUCGAGCUUAA